CGCUAGUAACUAUACCUCGUCUAUUUGUAUCAUGACUUGGACCGCGAAAAUCGGCUCCUUAACAAUCUGUCUACUCAUCUCUGGUUACAGUUUUCCCUAGAAUAUAUCGGAGUCUGAAGUACAGUCACAGCUGGCACAGACAGGCGAAGUGUGUCUGUUAAAAGGCAGCCAGUGACAGGCAAGAAGGCGUCGGGCGCACGAGACAUUCAGCGAUCGAUAAAGGUUCGAAAACCCUGAAUCUCGCUGUAGCAGGUGAUGUUAAAUCGUCCCCGGGUCAGGAAGGGUCUUUAUACGUGAUCACACGUGUCUCGGGGGACUCAAUAUCGCGAGCGAAAGUAUUAAGGAGUUAAUGUGAGAGCUGUUUUAAACAGGGAGAGGGGAGAGAGAGAGAGAGAGAGAGAGUGAGGAAGUGUGUGUCUUCAGAGAGAGGAAGGAGGAUACAGCGAGAGUGAACGGAAGGACUAAAUUAGAGACAGAGAGAGAGGGUUACAUCUUUGGUGAUUUUCUGUGAAGGCUGAGAAGUUGCCGUGUCCGAUAAAAGCGCCAUGUCGCGUGAUGGACCAAUCAGCUGCUCGGUAAUUCGCCGUGAAACUUCGGAUCUGUCCACAGACGAAUGACAACAAAAGAGAUUGAUAGUGUCGUCGUCGGUACGAGUGGGUUUCUCAACGUAGCACGCGCGCGCGUUUUGCCGCAAUUCGUCGUUUUUGUUUCAUUUUCGACAGCAGCACAGCAGCACGGCCGUUUGACCGUUUGACGCCGCGUUAACUCGCGUUAGCCGCGGUGCCAGUGCUGAGGAAUAUGAAGAGAAGAAAUGUCGAGUGUGGUAAGCUCCGGAGGCCCUUGAAGCGCAACAAGAUCACGGAAGGCAUCUACGGAAGCACACUGCUUUACCUAAAGUUUCUGCUGCUAUGGGCUAUGGUGAUUUUAGCAGACUUCAUUUUAGAAUUCCGUUUUGAGUUUCUGUGGCCAUUCUGGCUGCUCCUGAGAAGCGUUUACGAUUCUUUUAAAUAUCAAGGCUUGGCCUUCUCUGUAUUUUUUAUUUGCAUUGCACUCACAUCGGACAUGAUUUGUUUCUUUUUUAUCCCUGUACAUUGGCUAUUUUUUGCUGCCAGCACGUACGUUUGGGUGCAGUAUGUAUGGCACACAGAUAAAGGAGUGUGCUUGCCGACUGUGAUGCUGUGGCUGCUUUUUCUCUACAUAGAAGCGGCAGUUCGGUUGCGAGACUUACGUCACAUGCCGUUUCAUCUGGAUCUCUGCAGGCCAUUUGCCGCACACUGCAUUGGCUAUCCAGUAGUCACACUAGGCUUUGGUUUCAAAAGUUACGUGGGCUACAGAAUGCGACAGAGAAAACAAAAGGACGUGGCCAAGGAGAACGAGUUUUACUUACAACUCUUGCAGCAGGCAUUACCAGUAGAACAACAGGCUACGACGAUUUCGCAGCUGCAAACGCAGGUGCAAUCGCAAUCGCAGUCGCAGUCCCAAAUAAUCUCCGCCCCAUCGGAGCAGCACACAAAAUCACAGCCACACAGGCCGAAUCCUCAGUAUAACACAAGCCCUGAGAAGAGUAGAGGUAUAGUGAAAGAAUCUGUAAUUUUACUUAUAUCCCUAUUUGCAAAAAAAAAAGGGGGCAGCAGUGCUUCCGUAGAAACGAGCAUACAAAACGGUGGUGUACACAACGGUACGCAAAGCGUAUCGCAGGCACAAUGUGCCACCACCAAAAAUGGUCACAGAAAGUCCCUGGAUAAAGGUGAGAAACAGCAGCAGCAGCAGCAGCAGCAACAACAACAACAACAACAACAGCAUCAACAGGAAGAACAAAAUAGCAAACAUAACAUAGGAAAUACCUCGCAAUCUGAAAAGAGCGAGAAGAAAUUUGCGCACACUAAUGGAACCGCAGUAUCUCACAGUGACACUCAAUUUAUAGAGAGGAUUGGCUCUGUGAACGACUUUGACGUAAAUGAGAUCGAGAAAGACAAAUCCGUAAAAGGUUCUGGUCAGAAUUCUGUAAAGACACAAUCCAAUGGUUCAGCUGGAGGAAAGUGGAACAAUGUGAAAGAGAAUCGAGACUCUUCGACAACCACGGCGAAUGGUCAGCGCGAACGUAAAAAUCGUCAGAGCAAAGCUAUAGUAGAUACCAUAGCCGAGCAGCAGAAGCAACAGGAUGAAUACUGUCAAAGGUUACUGAUGUGUCGCAGGCUCGAGGGUGACGUGAAGCGCCUGAAGUCUGAUCUUCAGUCUAGCCGACAGGUAGAACAAGAGUUACGUUCUCAAAUAAAUAGUCUACUUAAUGGUGAGAGACAAGCCAAAGGAGAUAUUCAGCAACUGCAGCAUGAUAAUGAACAGUUACAGAGCAAACUUCACGGUUUGGUAACAGCCCGACAGGUAGACAAACAGACUAUGUCUUCGUUAGAGAGACGUAUUGCUGAAGAGAGAAGACAGCGAAAUGCUUGCGAAGCUUCCUUGACCUCCGAGAGAAGAGCGAGAAGAGCUGCGGAGGAGGCCAGAUCAGUUAUUCCACCACUUCCUCCUCCUCUUGUAAGGCAAGAAUGUACGGACGCCUGUAAGUCGCGUAGGGCACAGAUGGAGCAGGAUCUCAAGACUCUGCGACGCGAUCUCAAAACAAAGGAGGACAGAUGUCUAAUAUUGGAGAAAGACGUAACACGAUGCAAAGAGAAUCACGGCGAAACUGAGAUUCUCCUGGGUGCACUUAGUGCGCUUCAGGAUAAAAAUGCACAUCUAGAAAAUAGUCUCAGUGCAGAAACACGAAUAAAAUUGGACCUUUUCUCAGCACUCGGCGAGGCCAAGCGACAACUCGAGAUCAGAGAGAGUUUAAUAAGGUCUCAGGAGAAGGAGGUCGAAAUUCUUAAGGCAAAAAUUGCCCAGGAUUUGGCAGUGAUGCCACAGGACUCCUUUGGCCCGGCACCUACGUCAUCAACAUCGAAAUUACGACUGAAUAAUGAGGUCAGAGUAUCCGGGACAAAAAUUCGUGCCAACGAAAGUCCUUGUCCAGGUUGCACUGUGUCCAACCUGGAUCCUAAUGCGACGGCGUACACCCCAAAGAGCUCUCUCGUUGCAUCGACCGAAGCUUAAAAACAAAUGAAAUGCCUGACUGUGCGACUCCGCGAACCGCCUGAGUAAAUUUUGAACGUCGUUUUAUCCUUUAUCAGCCUUACAGGGUUUCGUCUAAAUUAUCAUCCUAUAGCUAUUCGAGUGCUUUACUCGACUUUUCUACAAUCGUUUAUAUAGCCCUCUAGAAUGUCGGCAGCGAAUCCACACGGUUUUUAAUUCACUCGACUAUAUUGAAUCUGCUGGAAAAAUUACUCAAAUUAUUCUCAGGCGUAUCUCACGAUUGUCAGGCGAACAUAAUGAGGACACUCUUAUCAUGUUUCGAGAGCAUCCUAGAAAACACUGGACACAAGGCUAACACUUUGAGAAUCAGUACAGUUUUAACUCGUUAUGCUUAUAUGCUGUGGGUUGGUCUUUCUCAAAUCGAAUGGAGAUUCCUUUAAUCACAUAUUGGAGUCAUUGCAGACAUUCAUAGCGAAUAGUCUACGAUAGGUUUGAAAUAAUUGGUCCAUGAUAUUCUUACAAUUAGUUUUGUAGACAACCAAACCACUGAAUAGUAUUCGUAAAAUUCUUCCUUAAAGAAUUUGUCAAUUUUAUCCAUGAGAGGGAAGAAAAAGGAACGGUACAAAUCUUAUUUUUGUAAUCCUUCCACAGCAUAUGCCUGAACCUACAACGGCUUGUUAAUGACAUUACCUUACGUUCAAGUCAUAAUCCGAAGCUAGUCCAUCAUACAAAAUGUAUUUAAUGUCAUCGGCGUACUGUGCCACUAUUUCUCAAGUCAUGCGAUCAUCAUUCACAAUCAAAGAAAGCAAAGGGAGCGAAUACAUAUUCGGAGAAGCAAGCCGACAAUGCGUUUUGUAAAGUCACAGGAUAGGACAAUGGCAGAAGGGAAAGAAAGGAUAAAAGAAAAAGAAACUAUAAUGACGCGAUCAAUUAGGAUUUCGAAAUUUGGGAGUAUUUCUUAGAUCUCAUUUUAUUUCUCAAAGUGUUUAUUUCUGGGAUUCAAUAAGUUCCAUUAUGGGAAAUUGCAUCACGAGAGAUUACGACGUUUUGUGUUCUGAAUUAGGUCUUCCCUAGUUUCUUUUGGCGAAUUGUUGAUUUUUAUUCUUGAUUAAAGGAGAAAGUAAAAUUAUAUAACAUCAUGUUGUCAUUAACAAUUCAAACGAAUUCAAACGUUUGUCUUAUCGAGCACUUAUAUCUCAGAUGAUGGAAUUCGCAAAAAUUUCAUUAGACGCGAAGAAGAUAACUCGUUGAAUUUUAAUACGAUUCCUUGUAUAUUUUCUUCCUGUUCCGUCUUCCUUAUUUAAAUAUACUUUUUCGUGACUUAUCGCCAUGAUUACUAACAGUCGCCUUGCUGCUACCUACUCAGAGUACAUUCAUCGUUUUUCCCAUAUUUUGUAAAUACGAGACAUUCAUGACAAUUAAGGAACAUGUUAAAUUACUUUUCAUCUUAUUUUUCUUAUUGUUGUCUUAUCAAAAUGGCUGACUAGUCAAUCGAGCGAAUCGGAUGUGAAUCAGAACACACUGCGAGGAAAUACUUUAGUACCGAAGUUUAACUAAGGUAUUCUUGACUCUCAUUUUAAACGAGCGUUAGAAUCUUUAUUCUUGUUUCUCUUCCGUAUUUCAUGAAAAUGAAAAAAAAAACGGAAUCCAGUGAUUGCGACUAAUAGUAUCGCUGUAAAUAAUACAGAGCAGAGAAAAAUGAGCGAGGUCGUUCGCGUUGCAUAACCACGAUAAAGCUUAUCUAAGUGCAAAAAGAAAGGUUGUUUUCUUAAUUUUAUCUAUUUUUCUUUUUAAUAAUACUUCUAAGUCUAAUUGUUUCCUAUCGAUGCGAAAAUUAACGUGGGAAAAAUAUCGAAGGCAAAUCGUGGAACGAAGUACCUGAUUGUGUGCUUACACUGUUCUCGGUUGUUUUUUAAUUUAACUUGAAAGUUAUUGUUGAAUUACAAUGAAAAAAGGCUGGUUUUUUUUUAAAUGAAAGAUAACGCUCUUUCUUUCUCUUUCUCUCUCUUUCUCCUCCGAUAAUAUUUUUCGUUUUCGUUUAUUUCCUUUUAUUUUUCGCAUUAGAAUUACUUAAUUGAGUAACAAGUGAUGUUCAUUUGUUGUGAUAUGUAUUUUAAAACGGUAUCGAUGAUACGAUUAAUAAUCCUAUUAUACUUUAUAUUUAACGGAGCGAUCGAAAUAGUAAAAUUUAUCGAGGGCCUACGUGGUUCCUUCCAAGAGUACUUAAACAAAUAAUUGGCAUUCGCAACACUUUUCGUGUACGCGUAUUUGAUGUUUUUUUUGUUGUAUUAUUUCUUUCAUAAUUAGCUUAAAUCCUUCCUCCGCUGAUACGUGUUGUCAGUUAGCUAGCACAAAGCUUUUCGGUAUUAUCGGUAAUACCAACUUCUUGCGAGUUACAGAGUCUCUUUGAAUAUUAUUUACUCAUUAUUCAGAAUUAAUGACAUAAUAUUUGGUUCGUUUUCUGGAAAAACGUGCAGAGGAUGUGAUAUUUACUUAACGUAGCAUCCUGACUUUUUUUAUAUAUAUUAUAUAUAUACGUACAUACAUACGCAUAAUAUUGAUUGUGGGACUCGACAAACCUUGCGUGAGACUAUCUGGUCAGCGGUCGCAUUUUUUUUUUACUUCCUGAAUCUACUGUCGUUGCGUUUCUCUCGAUAUGGAGACAGUUACAUAUGCGCUUCCAAUUAAUAACGAGCUAUUACUUACUUAUUUAAUCGUAUGUUUUAAUUAGAUUGUAAGCUUACGGUUAAAAGGCGUUUUGACGCCGGGCAUCUAUUUGGCCCAUGAAACAUUGAUCUCACACGGUUUCAUUUACUUUGUAUAUCUUUCCGUUCAGUUUUUUCGCUCUUAUAAUUUUUGUUUGCGUGAGUGGCUGCGCGCAUGCGAAUACAAAAUGCAAAUUGCAUUUGUUGUUCGCCUUUUUUUUUGUUCCUGCUCCGACACAAUGGAGACUACAGCGAGAGACAUUAUUCUUUGUUUUGUUCUUUUUCUCUUUCUUGUAUCUGUCCCAUCCCCCUUCCUUCUGUACUUUUUUGAGUUCUUUAUCAGUCAAAAUUAACCGAGAAACACGUCUGAUAAUGUUGACUCUGUGAACAGCGUGAACCCUCAAUAAAAUUUCGUCCAAUACGUGACGAGUAAUUGAAGACUCAAUGAUAUUGGAUCAGGGAGACAUAACAAGAGGGGAAAAGAUUAGAAAACAAAUUAAAAGCCUUGUUUGAUGAAGCCAGCAUGACAAAGAACAAAACUUGCUAAGGGAGAAGUAACGUCUUGCGCGAGGGAGAAUGCGGAAAAAUGAUAAUUUGGGCUGUUAAAUGUAUCGAAAAUUGUUUUCUUUUACAACUUUGUCCUUUUAUUCCAUCACUUCGAUAAGAACCUUCUGAACUUUCUCAAACAAAAAAAAUAAGAAAGGUAAUCCUUCUUUCCUUUUAUAUUCCUCCAGUGCUACGAUUUCCCACCGAAAAACGCCAGAAUAAAAUUCUUCAGCGUGGUUGACAACUCGACUGUACAUAUGUAUGAAAAAUAAAUAUUCGAUGUUUUUCCUAAGUACUUUAUUACUUUUAAUCGUGACGCGAAAUGAAAAACUAAGUGCUGUGACGAAGCAUACAAAUGUGUACGAUCCGAAGUAACCCAAUGAGAAAAUGAAAUUCAUAACGUGGAACGAAGAAAAGAUACAAUUUUCCAGGUGAAAGUAUGUAGUGCGGGGGAAAGAAAGAAAGACACAAAAAAGUGAAAAAUUAAAAUUAAAAAGGAUUCAAAUGUUUCUGAGAAAACAAGAAUUGUCCCCAAGCGAGUACAUGUUUCUUACAAGACACGACACAUACCCUGAAUCCUUGAUUGUGUACUAAUGUGCAAGUAUUUAUUAUGAAUAAAAACACCGGAGAAAAACAGAA